UGAUUAGAGAAAGAAUAAUGAUAAAAGAAUGAUAAUAAAUACAAGGAAAUAGUAGAAUUAUAUUAGUGUUUUAGGCAUAUAGAUGGGACGAGCAAUAAAGGUGACAGUCGAGAGUUUUUGGCACUCAGCUGUAUACAGUAAACAAGGGAACAGCUGAUGAGGCGGCGGGCGGUGCAGUCAGCCUUCACUACCCCCGUGGCCCUCACCUAUCUUAACACCGCCUGCUUGUUGUCCCCAUUGAUAAUCCUGCGUUGCUACUAAACCCCCUUGAAGAAUUCAUCAUCAUAGCCAAAAUGGAGAAGCCACCAAACAUUCAGUUCUUCCCAAUCAUAAAUGGGUUGCAGAAGAUGGCUCUGUAUGAGACCAAGGCACGGCUGUACCUCAUUGGCUCCAACAACACACAAACUAAGUUCAGGGUUUUGAAGAUUGACCGCACGGAACCUUAUGAACUCAGCAUUACAGAUGACAAGGUUGAAUAUAGCCAGCGCCAGAUCAAGGAGUUGUUGUCAAUGAUUAACGAAGGCAACAGGUCUCAGUCAGGCCAGCGACAGGCUACCGGGUUGUCCCGCACUGUAUCAGCGUUUGGAAUCGUGGGGUUUGUGAGGUUCCUGGAAGGUCACUACAUUGUCCUAGUGACCAAACGACGCAAGGUGGCGAUGAUUGGCCUGCACACCAUAUACAAGGUUGAAGACACCACCAUGAUAUACAUUCCUCACGAGUCUGUCCGCAAGCCACACGACGAUGAGCCCAAGUAUGUCCGCCUCUUCCAGAACAUUGACCUCUCCUCAAAUUUUUACUUCAGCUACAGUUAUGACCUGACCCACAGCCUGCAGUACAACAUGGCACCACCCAGAGAUGUGCCCUUGGAGAUCCUGACAACUUUCAAGCCACCCAAGGCACAAGCAUUGACUGCAGUGGAGAAGGCUGAAAAUUUCCUGAACCUGUCGGUGGGCUCCAGUGAUGAGGGAACCAGGAAAUCCAGGUCACAUUCCAAGACUUCCUGUGAGAGCAAUGAUUCUACAGGUCCCAAUGGUGAGUCCAUAGAGGCUGACGGCACCACCCCUUCCCCUCCACUCAACACAGAGCAGUCCCGCCGCCCUACACUUUAUUAUGGCAUUCGCAACAAACCCAAAAGUAAAUAUGUGUGGAAUUCCUACCUCCUGCAGCCAGUUGAGAACCUCCUGCACCCCGCCUGGAUCCUUCCCAUCACCCACGGCUUCAUAAGUCAGAACAACAUCUCAGUGUACGGGCGGUCCUUCUUCCUGACCCUGAUAGCGAGGCGGUCCUGUCGCUAUGCUGGCACUAGGUUCCUGAAGCGCGGUGCCAACCAUGAGGGUGAUGUGGCCAACGAGGUGGAGACAGAGCAGCUACUGUAUGACGCCCACGUGUCCUCCCUCCACUCUGGCCGGUUCACCUCCUUUGUGCAGAUUCGUGGUUCCAUCCCAUCCCACUGGUCUCAGGAUGUCAGCAAGAUGGUUCCCAAGCCACCCAUAACCUUCGACGUCAUGGAUCCGUACGCUGAAACUGCAGGGAAGCACUUCAAUGAGCUGCUGCGUCGCUUUGGCUCGCCGAUCAUCAUCCUGAACCUGGUGAAGCGUCGGGAGGGGCGGCCUCAUGAGUCCAUCCUAAACACGGAGUACUGCAGCCUCAUCAACCAGCUCAACAUCUUCCUGCCGCCGCACCACCGCAUCCAGUACGUCGCUGUGGACAUGGCGCGCAUCAACAAGCAGAAGGAUGAAAACGUAAUGAGCCGUCUGUCAGAAAUUGCAUACCGAGCUGUGAAGAAGACUGGAAUAUUUCAGAGCCACGCGCCGUACUACUGCCACCACCUCAACCCCAACCCCCAUUACUGCCACAUGGAGCGCACCAGCACCCAGGGCGAGCCAGAGUACGGCUCUCGCAGGAGUAUCAAUCUGGAUGAGAGGCGAUUGAGGCUUCAGACCGGCGUGGUGCGGGUCAACUGCGUGGACUGCCUUGACCGCACCAACACUGCUCAGUUCUCACUGGGGAAGUGUGCCCUUGCCUUUCAGCUGUAUGCCAUGGGUGUGCUGGAGAAGCCGUUCCUGGAGUUUGACAGUGACUGUGUGAGGAUGCUGGAGGAGAUGUACGAGGAUCAUGGGGACACGCUGGCCCUGCAGUAUGGUGGGUCACAGCUUGUCCACCGCAUCAAGACCUACCGCCGCACUGCCCCCUGGACCAGCCAGGGCAAUGACAUCAUGCAGACACUCUCAAGAUACUACAGCAACACUUUCUCAGACACAGAGAAACAGAAUGCAAUCAACCUGUUCCUGGGCGUGUAUGUUCCUCGCAACAACACCACCCCUAUCUGGGAGCUCUCCUCGGAUUAUAUUCUGCACCACUCCCUCACUAGAGGCAUCCGACCCUGCCACAGCCGCAGUACAAGUCAGUGGUGGGACGCUGAGGUGAUGGAGUCCUUGCCACUGGCUGUUGAGGAGACCAGGAAAACUGUGGCUCUGCUCAUGCCUGUCACUCCAUUUGAGCCCAAGGUUGACUUGUAUCUCGACCACCACCGGCCUUAUGAGUUCUGCAUCCUGUCUGAGCUGUUCAGUCACCUCAUGAGCCAUUCAGUCAGGGACUACAUGCCACACUUCACCACGGACGAGAGCCCCUUCAGUGUGAGGCGUCGGCCCGGCAAGAGGCAGGAGGAGUUGUCCCGCAGCCAAAGUGCCUCACCAGCUGUCAAAAACCCCGGCAUGACUGGCCAGGCCUCCACCUCCUCCACAGCCUCCAGUGGCACAAGCUCCACCGAGAGUGAGGCGAGUGAUGAGGAUGAGCUGUCGGUGGUGAGCAGCAUAAGUGAGGAUGAGGAGGACAGCAACCCUAGCCUGUCCCUCACCUCCUUUUUCCCUCCCAUGACAGAAACUUAUGGCAACUACCUGCAGGAGCCAUCAAGAGUGGACAGCAUCAUCUACAAGAGGUACGAGCAGAUUUAUCGUGCAACUGUCGCUCCUGAGGGCAAGGGAACUGCAGCCACAGCUCCUCUUGUGUUCAUCCAACGGUCCAGCUUCUGUUUAGAUUCCUCAGUGGAGACAGACCCGCCCACCGUGACACGCCGCUGCCGCAACAUUUACGAGGAGCACGUGGUGAUGGCCGUGAGGGGACCACAGCCACCAGACAACAGGGACCUUCUUAUGUACCGGGAAUUUGUUAGUUUUGCCUGAUGGUCUCAAGAUGACAUUCUGGUUGGUUGAAUGCUACAGGUGGUAUUUCUUCUCAGUUGUGUAAUUCAGAAACCAGUCCUUUGAGAAACACUUGACUGCUUGGAAGUCCAGUGCAUUGAGUAUUACAGGUGUUCUUCAGUUCACUUAAUAUUUAGCCUUUUUUACGGUAAGGCCUAUAACGCCUGUAGGCAUAUCUGAAGAGUAUGUAGGAAGCACUGUUCAGCUUCCGCUCAUUAGUGGCACAGGCAAUCUAAUCAAUAGUGGUACCCAUAUUAGGGCCCAUAUCACCACCCAAGCACAUCUUGGGUGUAACCACCUAGAACCUGGGUAUCAUGGUGACUUUAAACCACUCAACAAAUGGCAAAGUUCUUAAGACUGUACACGGUGGGAUUCAAACCUACGUGUGGACGUCUGCCUGAUCCCACGCUCACCACCUUAUCCUCUGCGCCACCGCCUCCUUAUUUGUGGUGUUAAAGAAGCUGGUGCCUUGAUUUUACAGAUUAUUUGAAAUUCUGUAAGAUUUUAUACAAGGUGCUCUCCUGUUAAA